AUGAUGAUGAUGCUCUCCACUGCAGUCACCACACCAACCAUGGAUCCUUCCUCCCAGGAUGGAGAGGACACUGAACCCUCCACACCUCUCAACCCUGUGCAGGAGUCCGCUCACCAUCGGGACGUAACAGCCGCAUCCUGCUGGCUGCUCUACAUGAAGCCGGUGGUGGCCAUCAGUAUUGGCACGCUGCUGUUUGUAUCAGGCACAGCUCUGUCCCUGCUCUACUUCACCCAGGUGGGAAAUGUCUCCUAUCUUCUGGGGCCUCUGUUCCUCUCUGUGGGUCUGAUGUUCCUGGUUACUGGUCUGGUUUGGGUCCCUGUGCUCAAACAGAAUCUGGAGCACAUGGCGCUCACUAAGGUCAACCAUGGCACUCCAGGACUCCAAGUGGACCACAAACACCACUGA